AUGUCCAACUCGCCUGCACCUCCUCCUCCUUUCGGUGCGGGUGUUCUACCCCCCGGCAUACCUCCUCCAUCAAUACCACCGCCAGGGAUGGCCGGCAUCCCACCACCGCCCUUCGGCAUGGCGAUGGAUCAGAGCGAGUCCGACGAGCCACCACCGCUUCCCGCUGACGCCAGUCAGACACUCUACAUCCAAAAUCUCAACGAAAAGGUCAAGCUUGAGACCAUGAAAGCGACUCUGCACAAUCUCUUCUCCAACUAUGGCACCGUAUUAUCCGUCGUAUCUCACACCAAUCUUCGAAUGCGUGGCCAAGCAUUUGUAUCACUCGACAACGUCCAAGCAGCAGACAAGGCUCGACGAGAGGCACACCUGUUCCCCCUGUACGGCAAAGCGAUGAAGAUCAGCUUUGCCAAGUCCAAGUCUGAUGCAGUCGUGCUGCAAAAGGUGAAGGAGGAAGGAGGCAAAGAAUCAGAACUGUUCAAGACGCACAAGGAAGAGAGGCUAGAGCACAAGAAGAUGGCUAGGAGAGGUAAUGUGUUGAGAAGGAGAGAAUUGGAGAAGAAGAUCAGGGCAAAGCGUGCCGCCGCAGGAGAAAUUGCAGAGCCAGAAAAGGCGGCUGCUAACAAGAGAGCACAACAGGAGAUGCCAGACGAGUAUUUGCCCCCCAACAAGACGCUCUUCCUGCAAAACAUCCCAGAUGGUGUCGGCAAGGGCGAAUUGGAAAGUCUCUUCUCUGCAUACUCGGGAUAUGUCGACGUACAGACCAUUCCCGGCAAGGCAGAUAUCGCUUUCGUCGAGUAUGCAGAUAUUCCAUCAAGUGUCACAGCUCGUGGUGCUCUCAACGGUUACAACUUUGGUGCUGGUGACAAACUCAAAAUCACUUUCGCAAGAGCAUAA